AACUGUCACUUAUGACAUGUGUCAUUAACAUCAUCUGUUACACAGUUGACAGUGACGUGACAGUUUAGUCACAGAGGUGUUGCAUUAUUUUUAUUUUUCACAGGAAAAAACACCCUUAUUUAUUUGAAAAGAAGUAGUGGAAAUGGUGGAUAAAUUAGUUAAUAGUGAGGCCAAUGCCAGGAGGAUUACCAUGGUGGAGAACUGCUUUGGCAGUUCUGGACAACCCUUAGCUGUGCCAGGUAGGGUUUUGGUUGGUGAGGGAGUCUUGACAAAGAUGUGCAGAAAAAAACCUAAAACAAGGCAAUUCUACUUGUUCAAUGACAUUCUAGUUUACGGGAACAUUAUUAUUAACAAAAAAAAAUAUAAUAAGCAACAUAUCAUUCCUUUGGAGGAGGUUAAAUUGGAAAGCAUACAAGAUGAUCCUCGUGGUUACCAGCAUGGUUGGCUAAUAAAGACUGCAUCAAAAUCAUUUGCAGUUUAUGCAGCAACAUCUGUGGAGAAAUCAGAAUGGAUGGCGCAUAUAAAUAAGUGUAUUGAUGAUUUACUCAGAAAAAGUGGCAAAAAAGCCGUAUCAGAACAUGCGGCCGUAUGGGUCCCAGAUGGAAAAGCCCCCGUCUGCAUGCACUGCGAAAAAACUCAGUUUACCCUAAUCAACAGACGGCAUCAUUGCCGUAAAUGUGGCGCAGUGGUAUGCGGCCCUUGCUCAAACAAGCGUCACCUGUUGCCGAAUCAGAGCUCGAAACCGUUAAGGGUCUGCUUACGUUGCUAUGAUUUAUUAAACGACGCGAAAGCUAACCAUUCGGUCGAUAGUGCUAACAAAAGCAAUAAUCAGGAUUCGUCGGGAGAAGAAGACUCGGACGAUGACGAUGAUGGACACAAGGGGCAAGAUAUGGCUCACGAUUUGUUUAAAAGCCAUUGCCUCGGUUACGCUUGCUGACACUACCCGUCCUAAAUUUUAUGGUGACACUGAAAAACCCGAGUAAUUUCACUCACGAGAGAGAAAAAUGAAGAAGAAUGGAGUACACGUAGCUAGGCCCAUUAAAACGAUUAUAUAUUUUUAAUAUGAACUCACAGUAUAGUUUAAGCAGAUAAGAAACGAGAUUCUCAGGUCAGCCCCUCUUAAGACUGUGAUUGUGGAUUUUUCGGUUUCUUUUGAUUUAUUUUUUAGCAGCAUAUAUUGACCUGUACGAGGGACGUUUAAAAAGUCAUUAAACUGUUUAAAUGUCCCUCAGAUGUGAUAAAGUAACGAUAAAAAGAAAACAUCAAAAAAGGUGCUAAAUUUUUUUUAAGAAACAAAACAAUAAUAGUGUAAAUAAUUAUAUUUUUCCUGUUUUUAUUGUUAAAUCACCCCACACAAGAUGGUUGAAACUAUAUUGCUAUAAGUUGAUCGUCAAAGCAAAUCAAAACUAGUUUAUUAUUAUUGUACAUUUAAUACUUUAAUUAUAUUAUUGUAUUUAGUUAACACUGAUGUGCAUUGUAAUUUUAUUUAAUAUAUUUGGUGAAUGAGAAGAUUAUUUUUAAAUAAACAGUUUAUUUUUUAAUUUAA